UAAAUGCAGUAUUUGACUUUCUCCCCUUAGACGAGCACAUAAACAAAGUCGCGUUACAAGUCCACACUUUACAAAGCACUGGCAUCACUGACAGGAGCGCACGGAGCAGAUACAGACUGCUGCUUACACUGCGAAGGCUUUUCAUUUCUACAUUUGAUUUCAUUUUUUCCAACUUUCUGUACUUGAUGAAGACACUUUUUGACGCCGGCGCCUAUACAUUGCCGACAGCAAUUUUAUCAUUUUUACAACAAUUACUACUCAUUUUGGUAAUUUCUGGAUGGGAAUAGGAUACUUCACGCAAGGUUAUUGCCACAUGUAAAGACGGAACCGCUACAGCAAAGCAACACAGGUUCGGAAGAGCGCGCCUCAUCUUCCCAGCUCCACGAGCCCCUGUCCGGCCGCAGCCACGCGUCCUCUCCACCCGGGACCAGCACCAUUCAGCGCGAGGCUCUUUCACCAGAUCUAUGGCAUUCUGACAAUGAACAAGCGCACUCAGAUAUUGGAACAGCUGCAGUAUGUCCAGUUGAAAUGUACACCUCGAGACAUGCCCUGUGUGCAGGCUCAGUACGGGCCAGCCCCUCCAGGCUCCGCCUACUCCGGCCAGUCCUUCGGUUACCAGGGCGACAGCUAUGGCUCUGACCUCAUGACCCCGGACUACACCAAGCUGGACCUGGGAGGAGGUGAGAUCUCAGCAGCUGCUACUACAUCCCUGCCCAGCUUCAAUGUCUUUGUAGAAGGCAGUUACGAGCUGCCAAAAUCGUCCUGCCUAUACCAGAUGCCCUCCCAUCGUCCUACGAUCAAGAAGGAAGAGGAGAGUUACCCCACGGCACCCCCUCUGGAGGCCAUGUCCUCCUCUAACAUGUACUUUAAACCGUCCCCGCCCUCCACGCCUACCACUCCCUCCAUGCCCCCGCAGCCUGGCUCAUCCUUCCUGUGGGAGGAGCACUCUCUGGCCCCUCCCACUCACCCACACUCCCUGGGCUCCAGUCUGGAGAGCAGCGCUCUCAAGUCCUCACGUUUUUCACACUUCUACCAGCACUCGCCGCCCCACAGUGGCAGCAGCGUGGGGGGCUAUGAGGCUUUGGGUGGGGGCCUGGUUCGGACCUCCUCUUCCUCCUCCUCCUCUUCAUCAUCUGUGUCACACCCUCAUGGCCCGGCCUUAGAGCAGCCCAUGUACCAGCUCCACCGCGGCGCAGGGGCCAGCAGCCUGGCCUUUCGCUCCCUGGCUCUGGGGCCAUGUGGUCCCCUUCUGGGAGACAGUCUGCCGUCGCCGCCCCCUAGAGGCCCUCAGGGGGAGGGCACCUGUGCAGUGUGUGGGGACAACGCUGCCUGUCAGCACUAUGGGGUCCGCACCUGUGAGGGCUGCAAAGGCUUCUUCAAGCGCACCGUGCAGAAAAAUGCCAAGUAUGUGUGCCUGGCCAGUAAAAACUGUCCUGUGGACAAGAGAAGACGCAACCGCUGUCAGUACUGCCGCUUCCAGAAGUGUCUGAGCGUCGGCAUGGUCAAAGAAGUGGUACGAACAGACAGCCUAAAGGGGCGCAGAGGGCGCCUGCCUUCCAAACCAAAGAGCCCUUUGCAGACAGAGGCAUCCCCUCCCUCUCCUCCUCUGAGCCUCCUGUCUGCUCUGCUCAGGGCAUACUCCCACUGCACGCCCCGCGACCUGGACUACAGCCAGUUCAGUGCUGCAGACCCUCCUUCCUCUUCGUCAGAUGCAGAGCACAUCCAUCUCUUCUACCGGUUGCUCACUCUGUCUAUGGAGACCACGCGGUGCUGGGCAGAGCGGGUGCCCGGCUUCUCCGAGCUCCAUAGAGACGACCAGAACCUGCUGAUCGACUCAGCCUUCCUUGAGCUGUUUGUGUUGCGACUGGCUCACAGGGCGAUGCUGUCAGAAGAUAAGCUUGUCUUCUGUAGCGGGCUGGUGCUGCAUAGGUUCCAGUGCCUUCGGGGUUUUGGGGAGUGGCUGGACUCGAUCCGGGACUUUUCCUCUCGGCUCCAGAGUCUGAACCUGGACACCUCUGCCUUCGCCUGUUUGGCUGCCCUCGUACUGCUCACAGAGCAGGUCCCAGGCCUGAAGGAGCCGAAGCGCGUGGAGGAGCUGCACACUAAAGUCAUGUGCUGUCUGAGUGAACAUCUGGGUUGUGGUCCGUCGUUGUCGGCGUCAAAGUCCUCGAGUCCCCUGAGCCGCGUGCUCAGUCUGAGGGCAGAGCUGCGCUCACAGCGAACGCAAGGCCUGCAGCGCAUCUUCUACCUGAAACUGGAGGAUCUGGUCCCACCCCCACCUUUGAUUGACAGGUUUCUGGACACCCUGCCUUAUUGACUUUUUGGGUAACGACGGCUUAAAGUCACAUGCUUUAUGGGCCUUUUCACCCCACACGGAGCACGUGCACCAAACGACUGACUCAGAGCAGAGAGAAGUCAUGGACCGUGGACUCAGCAUCCACUUUGUCACAAAUGGACCACCACAUGUAUGAAACUGCACACGCUUUAAUGCAUUGUAUCAUUGUGUGUGUACGCGGGGAACAAAGGUGCUCCAGACCAGAGGAAAGGACUCUUCAGCUGGGCGGCAGCUUAUUCGACAAAAGACUCAAGUCAAUGGUUUAUGAGUACUGUCAGUUUUACCCCCGCUCACUCGACAUGGGACCUGCAAAGUAGAUACAAGAAACAUGCUUUACAAAAUAUCUCUGUCUAAAAGAAGGUGCUUUUGCUGAAAUGAACUGAAAUGUGAAAAAGCAUGUGAAAGAAACAUCACAACACAGGACACAAACAUCUAGAAAUGUGGUUUAUAAAAGUGCAAUUCCUUAAGUGCUCUGUCACAACCAGAGGAGCCAUUUUAUUUCAAACUCUAAAUUAUUUUAAUAAGACCUGUCCUAUUCUGUUGAUAGGUAGAAUAAAAAGAGCUACGUGCACUAACAACGACUUCAGACGUCAGCCAGACUUGAACCUGCUCUAGUACAUUUUCAAUGUUGUUCUGAAAGAAUAGCAUGUGUAGACGUAUGGAGGAAUAAAUAUUGCUUUCGAAUUGGCCUUUGCAGCACUUAACACCCCAAAGAAGGGCUAGAGGUGCAGACACACACCCUCUGUUUUGAGAAGAGGGUGCUCGAUAGAUUUAAGGCCAGGGGUCAAACAUUCCAGUCUUUUUCUAUGUGUUUCAGUUGUGGAGGUUGAGAGCAGGUCAAAUGCAUGGUGUGCUAAAGCUAACAUGAGCGCUCUCAGACUACAGCUCCCACACUCACGGCAGCAGUUUGAAACGAGACAAAGCAAAUGACAUAGAUAUAAAUAUAUAUAAAUAUAUAUAUACACACAAAACUAAUAUUUUGAAGUGUUUUUAGCUUUUUCAAAUAUUGUGGUACAAGUUGUGCAUUGUUUUUUGAAGAAGAUAUACAAAAAUAUAAAAAAAAAAAAGUUGUUGGUUUUUUCAUUGUCCCUCCUUGGUUUGAGUUGUUUGAUUUACUUCUUCCUCUUUGGUUC